AUGAUUAUUUGUAAUAUUCAUGUUAUCAUAUUGUCCUGUCCUUGUCGGACCAUAUGGCAAGGACCAUAUGGUUCGGAUGCAGUUCUACUAAAACAUCAUGUAAUUGACAUCAAUGACGAAGGAGCACUUGAACGCGCUCUACAAGGAUGUGCUGCUGUUGUUCAUUGCGCUCAUGCAGAAAUGCCUUGGAAAUAUGUCGAUAAAGAAGGAACUCAAGGAAUAUGGAGGGACAACCUUACUGCUACUGAAAUCCUUGUGGACACCAUGCAACGCCUUGGUAUCAAGGACUUGGUGCAUGUCGGUGAUGCAUACUCAGCUCUGCCUAUAGAAGACAAUUAUGGGCUGGGAGAACACGUCUUUAUAGAUUAUCCUCGAGAUUAUAUGCUCGGCGAUUAUGGAGAGUCGCGAACUCGUGCGGAAAUGUAUGCUAGGAUUGCUUGCAGAAAAGACUCUGACUCGUUCCACGGGGUGUUCCUUCGACCAGUACAUGUCCACGGUGAAGCAGGAUCCUCAUCGUGGUCUUCACUUAUGGAAAUGGCCGAACAGGGAAAUAUUCCGUACAUUGUAGGGGAACGUCGUGGUAUGCAUCAAUUCAUCUACGCUGGAAAUUUGGCUGCUAUAAUUGAUCGUUGUCUCGUCAAGUUAUCAACAAAUCCUCAGCUGUUGAACGGUGAACUCAUCUAUUGUUUGGACGAAACAAAUGUGAUGCCGUUUAGGGAGUUUCUGGAACGUCGUGUAUGUUCCUCACUUUUCUCACCGAAGGUGGCUGUUUCGUUUGAAAAGUCGUUCCUAAAGCACUACAUCGACUAUAUCAAGUACAAUAUUGGAUUAUCGCCUUCUCCUAACUCGCUAUCCUAUCCGAUGUUCCGUUUUCUUUUUGCGAAAACGAUCGGUUUCUCAAAUCGAAAGCAACGCAUUUUGCUUGACUUCAUUCCGGAGGUUUCACAAGAAGAAUCAAUGAAGCUCUCCUUGCAAAUGAGUAGCGAAUUCCCGGGAUCUCCUAGGGCCGCUGUGCGAAGCGGUUGA